AGCUGACCUAAAGGAGCCGUGCCAAAAGAGAACCGAUCCGAGAUGAGAGAGAGAGAGAGAGAGAGAGAGAGAGGUUGUGAAAAGACCGGCAGGAGGAGUGGGACUAGCUAUAAGGACACUAGCGACUCUUAAAAUCCAGCCGCUCCUCUGUUUUUUACGCAGGAGAUUUGAAGAAACAAACAAGAAAACAGGAGGAGCUGUGAUUGAAGCCCGAUAUAGAAAAGUAGCCGAACAUCAUCGUCGGUAUUUUGACAUCUUUUUUUUUAAUUAUCCUCAGCGGCACAGACACUUGGGGACCGAGGGGACCGACCAUGACAAGGGCUGUGGAUGUUGUGCUGACUCUGCUGCUCGCCGCGUCCCUGUCGUGCCGGAGCGCCCUCGGCGGGUACGGGAUGAGCCUGUUCGCUGCGCAGACCUCUCCCCCGGACCCCUGCUACGACGAGCACGGCAACCCGCGGCGCUGCAUCCCGGACUUCGUCAACUCCGCCUUCGGGAAGGAAGUGAAGGUGUCCAGCACCUGCGGCAAGGUGCCCGGUCGCUACUGCGUGGUCACGUCGGCGGAGAAAGGAGACGAGAGGACCAGGAACUGUCACACCUGCGAUGCCUCGGACCCCAAGAAGUACCACCCUCCUGCGUACCUGACGGACCUCAACAACCCGCACAACCUCACCUGCUGGCAGUCCGAGAACUUCGUCCAGUACCCGCAGAAUGUCACCCUGACUCUGUCCCUCGGAAAGAAGUUUGAGGUCACUUAUGUGAGUCUGCAGUUCUGCUCGCCUCGACCUGAAUCCAUGGUCAUUUACAAGUCCAUGGACAACGGUAAAACCUGGGUGCCCUUUCAGUUUUACUCGACCCAGUGCAGGAAGAUGUAUAACAAACCGAACCGGGCCGUUAUCACGAAGCAGAACGAGCAGGAGGCCGUCUGCACGGACUCCCAUACCGACAUGUACCCUCUGACCGGCGGGCUCAUCGCCUUCAGCACGCUGGACGGCAGACCGUCGGCGCACGACUUUGACAACUCCCCGGUGCUGCAGGACUGGGUGACGGCCACCGACGUUAAAGUCAUCUUCAGCCGGUUGCACACUUUCGGCGACGAGAACGAGGACGACUCGGAGCUUGCCCGGGACUCGUACUUCUACGCCGUGUCGGACCUGCAGGUCGGAGGGAGAUGCAAAUGCAACGGGCACGCGUCUCGGUGCGUAAAGGACCGGGAUGGGAGUCUGGUGUGCGAGUGCAAGCACAACACCGCUGGGCCGGAAUGCGACAGGUGCAAACCUUUCCACUACGACAGACCGUGGCAGAGAGCCACAGCCAGGGAGGCCAACGAGUGUGUCGCCUGUAACUGCAACCUUCACGCCCGAAGGUGUCGUUUCAACAUGGAGCUGUACAAGCUAUCAGGGAGGAAGAGCGGAGGAGUCUGCCUCAACUGUCGCCACAACACGGCUGGACGCCACUGCCACUACUGCAAGGAGGGCUACUACAGAGACCUGUCCAAACCUAUCUCACACAGGAAAGCCUGCAAAGCAUGCGAUUGCCAUCCCGUGGGUGCUGCUGGCAAAACCUGUAACCAAACCACAGGACAAUGUCCCUGUAAAGACGGCGUGACUGGUAUCACAUGCAACCGCUGUGCUAAAGGCUACCAGCAGAGCCGCUCGCCCAUUGCCCCCUGCAUAAAGAUUCCAGUUGCACCUCCUACAACCCCAUCGAGCAGUACAGAGGAGCCAUCAGACUGCGACUCUUAUUGCAAGGCGUCUAAAGGCAAACUGAAAAUCAACAUGAAGAAGUACUGCAAGAAAGAUUACGCCGUCCAGGUGCACAUCCUGAAGGCAGACAAAGCUGGAGAGUGGUGGAAGUUCACCGUCAACAUCAUCUCCGUCUACAAGCAGGGCGAGAGCCGCAUCCGCCGCGGGGACCAGUUCCUGUGGGUCCGCGCCAAAGACGUGGCCUGCAAGUGUCCCAAGAUUAAGCCUGGGAAGAAGUACCUGCUGCUGGGGAAUGACGAGGACUCCCCCGGCCAGAGCGGAGUGGUGGCAGACAAAGGAAGCCUGGUUAUCCAGUGGAGGGACACAUGGGCGCGCAGGCUCAGGAAGUUCCAGCAGCGUGAGAAGAAAGGCAAGUGCAAGAAGCCAUAGGUGGAAAAAGAUGGAGAGGAUGCCGGAGAGGGAGAGGGAUUCAAGAGAAAAGCUGAGCGGGUCAUUUAAAAAAAAAAAAAAAAAAAAGUGAAAGGGGGCAGACAGAGGACCACGGACAGACAAGAGACUGUUUAUGUCGCUGCUUUUUUGUGUAGAAGCAUGAAGAGAAUUAUUUAGGAUGAUUUGUUUUUCUAGUGAACUUUUGUUGAAGGAGCUCAUCUUGCAGAUUUGGUUUUAUGGUUUAUUUUACCUUGAGAUUUUGUCUCUCUUGUGGAUUUGCCGAAUUUGCACCUAUUACCAGCAUAUAAAGUUAUUUGUGUUCAUUUUCUUUAUCUCAGUAUGAAAUCAUUAUAUUUUAUGUUUUAAUUUUAUGGACAUUUUCUGCUGGUGCAAAAAUGACAGAAAAAAGCCACUUAAUUACCACUGCAAUUUUGCCCCUGCAUGGUUUUCUUAUUGUAUUCUUAGCUAAGAAGCGAGCUUGUCUUCACUGAUCUGAUUGAGGCUGUAAUAUUUUCCUCCAUUAAGAAUUGUGCCAUAAAACUAUUGUUUGUAAGCUACAGAAAUGCAUAGUACAUCUAGGUGUCACUGAGCAGCCAUUCCUUUCCCCUGUUGUACAAAUUCAGGUAUAUCUGCCACUCAAGAAACAAGAAAAUAUGUCGCCCUCCAUUUUUUGCUUUAGAAUACACGAGUGACAGAUGAGCAAGGGUAAAACACGGUAUUGACUAAAGCAUUUUUGACCUGAUUAAUCUUGAGCACAUUUUCACUCCCCUAUUCACCGCUUCACACUUUACUGGUUACAUUUUGAUGGUUCAGUAUUUGUACAAACCUGCAUGUGAAUGCUUCUCAUUUGAGACUGUAAUGUUCAAUUCACUAACAGGUGCUGCUCAUGGUACUAAUGUCAAUAAUGCUUUUUUUUGAGGGGACAAACUGCAUUUAAAAUCACUGAUUUCACUUUCAGUACUUACGGUAACUGUGAUUUUUAUUUUAGUUUAACAACUGACUUACAAAAGGACAAAGGCCACCCACAUUAAUUGUUAUAAAAUACUAUGAAACUCUUUACAAAGUCAAAAUGGUUCUGGGAUGGCGCUAACAGAAAUAAAUAAUAAUGAAUAUGAGUUCUCUUCUUGUGGCUACAAAACAAAAAGUCAAAUGUUUUAAUUCACUUCAUCUACAUUUUAGUGACAGUAUUUACUUAUUCUACCACAAAAUGAUUAAAACUGUUGCCUAAGGUAGGCCAUUGUGCCAGAAGAUGCAACAUUAUUGUUGUGCAGUACUACAUGUUCUCAGAGGAUACUGACAAAGAAGUGCAUAUAAUUUGUCACGAUUACGACAAUGCAGAUUUCGGUAUUAUUUAUCACACUUCACACCAGCUCGUGAAAAACACUCUGUAAAAUGGGUCUACAUUUAUCUUUUAAAAUGUGCAUGAACAAGACAAAGGAAGAAAAACAUCCUCUGCCUCUCACUGAGGUACAACAAUGUGGAUGGCUACCAAUGCACGGAAUCUGAAAAGCUGUAUUGUAAUGGUGAACCAGACAUUUAAGUUAAAUUUAACUCAAUCGAUGCAGAUUUUCAGGCAUAAAGCAAAGAAAUUUUUUUUUUACCUCAUGUGGUGCAGAAACGAAUCCUACUGCAGUAAAACGAAAACUUUACUGCAAACGGCAUCUAGAAUAAUUCCUACAGUACUAUGAGAUUGCAGAUAAAUAUAGUCCACACACUCUUUAGCAAAUGCUUGACUGUACAUUCACUAAAAAGGACUCUGUGCAACCAGUCAGGAGCUGCAGUCUCUCAUUGACCUGUCACGUUAAUUCUCUUCACCUCAACACUUGCACAGAGAAAUGGGGUGAAUUGCAAUCACUUGACGCUGCUUGAUUCAAACCACAUUGCUCAUUUAUUUGUAUGCAGUUCAGUUUGGAUUUCUCCAAGGAAUGCGUGGUAGAAAAAAAAAAAAAAAAACACAGCUCAGGUUUGUAAAAGGCCAUAGUGUAUCUGAUGUAUCAUAACCAUCCCAAAAAAAACACUUUGAGCAACAUGUUUGAUGUUGCUGGUGUUUGCCGCUUGACAAAAUCACAUUUAGCACCUUUUAAAAACUGUCCCACAGCACAAGUAACAAUAAAAAGGGUUUUAAGAUCUUUUCACGACACAUGGUUUUAAUCUAAUGCACGCUCUACUUCCUUUGUUUUAAAUGGCAAUAAUUUUGAUUCCACUAUCUCAGAAACCUUCUCAUUUGUGCAGGAAUUUUCGGAAUGGAGCGAAAUGCCUCCUAGAUGAUGACAAAUUAGAGGGGAUUUAUAAAGCGUGAGAAAUCCAAAAUCACCUGGGUUAAAUUGUAAGAUUAAAAAGAAAUAGAUGACCUUGUUGCUGAGGUACUUCUCAAUAUUUACAUUUAGAUUGAGUGUUUGACUGUACAAUCAAUCAAGUGAUUUUGAUGUCAGUCCAUCAUGAUGCUACGUGCUGGUGGCUUCACCGACAUGCUUACAUAGACAUAUACAGUAUAUUUACAUGUUCCUGCCUAUCAUUGUUAAUCUUACAGCAUACCAUUACAUGUCAAUGUUUUUCUGUUUGGCACAAUGUAAUCUGUAAUUACACCUCUUUAGUCUCUGUAGCCUCAUGCUGUAAAUUUUACAUCUGUCUCCUGAGCAAUGGUUUGACAAGCUUCCUGAUGAAACGCUACACACAUACAGUACCUGUCAAAGCAUUGCUUUGUGUUCAUACUAUGAAUUGUAAAUGUUGUUUAGUAGUCACCAUUGCCAAGACUUUUUGCAAUGUUGUUUUACAAUGCGUACUAAUAUAUUACGGUUAUUAUAUAUGAAUAUAUUUAAUGACACAAGACAUUGUGGAUUUUAUUGUCUUUUUCAACUUUUUUUUUUUUUACAUGUUUGUGGUUGUUUAGAUUGUUGCCAUUAAAGAAGGAAAUAAUAACUACUGAUCACACCAACCUGGUAGAACUAAAUUCAGAUUUUCAGUUGAAAUAAACUCAUUACAUUGAAAAACUA